GGUCAUUAACCCACGACGUAUUAGACCUUCCCUUCCCUUCCCUUCCCUUGAGCCAUUCAUGACCGCCUCUUCCUCCAUGCCCUUUCAAUACCCAGGACAAAUAAACUGUCCGUACAAGGACCCUAGCAUUGCGUGGAUGGGUAGACUUAUUAGACCAUUCUAUUCCAUGUUCAGUAAUAUAUCUCCUCGACGCUCUCCACUUCUACUCACACCUGGCAUAGUACAGUACCACCCGAGCCACCAGAACGAGCCCACUAUGGCCACUAAUCUACUAGAAUCCGUGUAUUAGUCCAGAAAAUCAAAAAGUUCCCGGAGAAUCAUCACUUUCUCAAAGAGCAAUAGCGUCGAACACGAAAAUGCUAGGAUUCCGAAUCCACAGUCGUACUAGAUUUAGAAAUUUCCAUGCUACUCCAUCAAUCUAUUCGUCCAUCCCAUCUCAAUCGCUGCCGGUUCCCCCAGACAGGGUCCUGGACGCCGACUCACCACAUCCACACCUAACUCACCCACUCAUUGCUUUCUUGUUCCUGGCCCACCCGUUUCCCAUGCCUUUGCCUGAGACUUGGCCUUUCGGUCGCACUGCCUAUCUUACCCUCUAUCACUCUCGUUGAUCUUUCGAGAUCUUUACUUUAUUUGCAGGGUCCCCGUCACUACCUUCGUUCGUUCAUCUUGUCUAGGUUUCCCUCAUCGCUACCAUAUUCUUCUUAUACCGACUAACGGUUUCCUUUUUGUAACUCAAUCUUUUGGAACAUCUUCGACUUGCGCUUUUUAUAUCAUAAGCCUCCUCGAACUUCUUCUGUACCUUCAUUUGGCAUUCUGCUAUCGCUCUUGUUCUGUUAUCUCGCACUUCGAUAAUCUACUAUAUUGCACUGAACCAUUGUGUCGACAUCAAUCAAUCCUUCCACUUGACGAGCCUAUGUAUAAUCAGUUACUCCAACAUUGCCAUUAUUAGACAGAUCUCCCUGCAGCUGUUGUCCGCCCCUCAUUCAUUACCUGCGAAGCCUUGUAUUACUUGAUUCAGCAUCGACAUCUUGACCAACGUGGUCUGCCAACAAAGUACCUUAAUCUACCAAACUAUCCUAACUAAAUUUCACAUCGACCAGCUGAGAAACCAAGGGAUACUUACCAUGGACUCUUACGCACAAGCAAUGGGACAAUCCCCAUUUUUCUACUACAACCCAGACCCAAAAUCAGACAACCGUCAACAUGGUCACUUCUCUCAACAACCAAGCCAUAUGCCUAUGCCUAUGUACCACCAACACGCUCAAACCCUCCCAUCAACACCAAUGUACUCUAGACCAAACUCUUCGUCUUCGCAGCCUCCAAUGCAACAGAAGAUCUUCAACUCUGGCUACCUCGGACACAUGACACCAAUGUCCUCUCCACGCCCAAUGUACCAAAAGCCCACCAUAUUGAUUCAAGAUCAUUCCCCAAGACUGAUCUUGGAUUCGGAAAACGAGCACGACAUGUACUAUUACCCAGCAACCCCACCACUUUCAGCAUCUUGCAGUGCCAUGAGCAGUCCAUCCAGCUGUGACAUUCUACCCACCCCAGUUAACAGUGUAUUUUUCGGCGCCGAGAGUUUCGAAGGUGUUAAGGAGGGAUGUGAAAGUGAGGUUCAAUCGGAGAAUCUUGCCGGUGAAUGGGCUCGUUGCGGGUCUCCACCUAUGACACCAGUGUUCAUCCAUCCAAAUUCGCUUAGCUCUCACGCUAACGAACUCCUGUCUGCCACUUCUUGCCCUUCGCUUUCACCUUCUCCUUCCCCUUAUCCUCGCUCCGUCACCUCUGAACAAUCCGACUUCGACUUCUGCGACCCAAGAAACCUCACAGUUGGCUCCUCAAUUUUGCCUCCGACUUCAAACCCAAUUUUGAGUUCGGGUCGUGAAUUCUCUACUUUGCCAACCCUCUGUGCAGCUGAAGAAGAAGAACAUCAAUACAUGUUAGGGGGUAGUGACGCAUUCGCCAAAAUCGAAACACGUGCGAACACCUUUGAUUUCACAACAACCACAACAUCCAACCACGGUCUUCCUACUUUUGAUCACCUUUCCGAGCUCGAUUCUGAAGACGAAUUUGUUAACGGUCUUGUGAACUUCCCUUCUACCGAUAACGUUCAAUUCUUUGGUAGCAAGAGACAACGCACUGUAUCUGAUCUCGUUUCCCCUGAAUCAGAGACAUUCAUCAGUGAGGACGAUUUUGAAGACUUUGAGGAUCUCGAGACCGAAAGAUUUGCAGUUGCCUGCCUCCCAAGUCCACCUGCUUCAGGCUCUGAAGCUGAGCCCAAGAAGGAAAAGCGUACCAAAAAGUCAAAGAUCGUUCAUUGCGACGAAGAUAGCUCGGAAUUUGAUUCUAUGGUCCGAUCCCGAAAAUUCACUGUCCCAAUGAAUAACUUAUCGGGCGCUCAGCCACAAGAGACUUCUGCCGACCACCAACAGACAUCCACCGCCCCAAGUCAAUCCGGUUCUUCAGAAAGCAACAACAUGAUGGGCUCAUCAGGAUCAGACGCUGCCAACACCCAUCAAGCACCAGUCAAUCGUCGCGGUCGCAAGCAAUCCUUGACUGAGGAUCCUUCCAAAACAUUCCACUGCAAGCUUUGCAACAGACGUUUCCGCAGACAAGAACACUUGAAGCGCCAUUACAGAUCCCUCCACACUCAAGAAAAGCCAUUCGAAUGCCACGAGUGCGGUAAGAAGUUCUCCCGCAGCGACAACUUAUCUCAACACUCCCGCACCCACGGAAGUGGUGCUAUUGUCAUGGGCGUAUUGGAAGAUGGCGAGGUUCCUGGCGACAUGGAAUCUGGCAGUGACGGAGAGCAAAUCAGAGCCCUUGGCACCGCACUCUUCACUGCAGCCGCAGGUGCAUCUGGCAGUGAAAGCAGCGGUACCGAUAGUGAGUCCGACAGCCAAUCCCGCAAGAAGCGCAAGAGAUCAGAGUAAAUACUGGUGUACGAAUACUUGAUUGGCCGGAGUACGCCGUUUACGAAACUUACGAACACAAAAAUUAAACAACACUGAAUAUUUGGGCUUGCGCAUUGCUUGUCGUGUGUUGGGCAUUAGGGAUAAAGGAUGCAUUGACGCUGUCAUGAUGAUUUGGGAGGGUUGCUUGAAACACAAAAGUCAUUGUCCCGUGUAUGUGCUGCUAUUUGCACACUUUUUUCACCAUUCUUGUACUUUACUUUACUUUAUUCAACUUUGUAUUUGUCGUCGGUUUAGCGUGAUGAUGGAUGGUCUAAGGUACAACAACCUUUCAAAGCGUGUACUUUGAUGAUGGGAAGCAAGGGAAAUUACUUUCUUACAUUCGUUGUAAUAAAUAUCAGUGGAGCUGUGGAUGGAAAGCGGGCGACCGUCUCUGAUCUUUUGCUUUGCAAUUUUCUCUUCAGAAUUACUUGCGUAGCUCUUGGGUCUUGCCUUGUGCUGGCCAGAAUGUUGAGAUAUACCAACAGACUACAAAUACAAUAAAUAAAUAAAUACAUUUCAUAAAUAUCAAACUAUUCUCAUCA